AUGGCAGACGCACACGAGCAGGGCGAAAGCUCCAGCGGAUUAAGAGAGACAGUCGAAAAAAUCGAAGGCGAGGCCAAUAAGUUAGUGGCCAACGAUGAGGUUUCCAUGUCUGAGAGGGAGGCUUUCGAGUUCCAGAAGGCGGAGCUCGAGCUCCAGAAGAAGACCUUUGAGUCCCAGAUGAUAGCUUUUAUGAUUCAGAAAGCAAAAUACGAAUCCGAACUCCGGCAGAUAGAGGAGGUGAGGAAAAGGGCUUUUGAUGCUAGAGAGAAGUUUUUUUAUGGCAUGGAGAAUGAUUUUAUGAUCUAUGCUGAAGGUUGGAUGCGCUUUAUGGGUGUGCAUGAAAUGGAAAUCGAGUCCAGGAUGUGGUCCGCGAAAGGAGGAAUGGCGUCCCGGAGGGUGUAUUAUGACGGCAGCAAGCAAUUGUAUUCGGAAUUGGACGAUUUGAAACCUUCCGCCUUUUCGUUGACGGAGGUAGCAUUGCGGCCUUCGGUCGAAGAGGAGUUCGCAUAA